UGAAGAACACAAACGGAGUCGCACGUGAAGGGGGGCCUCCCAUCUAAAUGUUGCGCGUCACAGUGAAGUAGGUAGGAAGUAGGCAGAGGGGGAAGGACGCGCUUUGUAUUUCCGCUAUCUGGAGGUUAGCCCUCUUGCUUUGGACAUACGGAAACAUGGCGUCCGUCGCGGCGCUCUUCCUUUUCACGCUCGGGUCUUUCUGUGGAGGAGCUGCGGCCGAAAGAACACUCGUCUACGUGACCGUGUUGUUUCGUCAUGGCGACCGGUCCCCAGUCAAAGGCUACCCCACCGACCCCCACCAAGAGUCCGACUGGCCGCAGGGCUUUGGCAGUGUUUUUCAGGAGGGGAUGAGGCAGCACUUUACCUUCUGGGCCAGUUUUUCAGGCGUCGGUACCGAGGGAUUCCUGAACGAAUCCUAUGACAGACACGAGAUCUACGUUCGCAGCACGGACUACGACCGCACCCUGAUGAGCGCAGAGGCCAACCUGGCAGGUCUCUACCCCCCCGCUGGUCAGCAAGUCUUCACCACAGACCUGAAGUGGCAGCCGAUACCCGUGCACACGGUGCCACUAAUUGAAGAGAGGCUUCUCUCUUAUCCUCUUGGAGACUGUCCUCGCUUCAAACAGCUGAUGAAUGAAACCGAGCACACAGAGGAAUUUAUUAAUGUCACCACCACGUAUAAGGACAUUAUUGAGCUAGUGAGGAAUAAAACCGGACUGAAUCAAACUACUGUGGAAUCGGUCUGGACCGUGUACGACACACUCUUCUGUGAGUCCCGUCACAACAUGACGGCUCCCGACUGGGUGACUCCUGAUGUCAUGGAGAAGCUCAGAUUGCUCAAAAACUUUUCAUUUCAGACCAUGUUCGGGGUACACGAACAACAAGAAAAGAGCCGGCUGCAGGGAGGUAUCCUAUUGGGGGAAAUAGUGAAGAAUCUUUCCAAGAUGGCUGUCCCAGAUCCGAAGCGGAGGCUGAAGAUGAUGAUGCUGUCAGCGCAUGAUACCACUGUAGCCGCACUGCAGUCCAGCUUGAACGUGUUCAACGGAAGACAGCCACCAUAUGCCUCCUGUCAAAUAUUUGAGCUGUACAGAGACGACAACGGCUCUGUCUCUGUGUCGUUGGCUUACCGGAAUGACAGCGGAGUGGAGGCGUUCCCUCUGCAGUUACCUGGUUGCUCCCUUGACUGCCCCCUAGAGGACUUUGUGAGAAUUACAAAGCUCUCCAUUUCUGAAGACCGUGACAAGGAGUGUCGCUUGCCGUCGGAGGGGAGGGAUAAAGAGGUGAUCAUCAGUUUGGCGGUGUCCGGCUGUCUGCUCCUCUUCCUCAUCGUCAUCCUCCUUGGCGUGAUUUGUUGGCAGAAGGAGCCAAUCGGCAGCCGUGGGUACCACCAAGUGACCAACCAGGAAGUCGGAGGGGAAUCCUGACGCAAGCACGAACUCCUCCCCCGGAGAUCGGCGAGCCCAGCGUCUCGUGACAGCAGCAGCAGCAGCAGCGACGACGAUGAAUUCUGAACUCUUUUUAAAAAAAAAAAAAUUUUAAAAAGAGUUUUUCUUUUUUUUUGAUGGUUUCCUCUACACAUUUGGGGCGGCUACUUCAAUGACGGUUUCCGCAUCUCUCUAAACUAACAUGACGAGUGAGACCUGUCUGAGGGACCAGGACAUGAAGAAGAACAGGAAAACCCUUUUUAUUACUUUGCAGUUUGUCUCUGAAAGUAAUUGCCGUGUACUGUUUGUCUUUCUUUCUUUCUCUUGAGGCUUGAAAAGUCCUAAAGGGCUGCAGGGGAGUAGCAGAAAGUCAAUGCAGGAAAUGGUUCUAAAGUUGUGACUUUCUAGAAUGUAAGAAUGGUUUUGGAUCGCGCUGGUCCGACAAGACAAGAUGUCGGCUCGAUUGAAACCUCUUGGCUAACGAUGAUUCUCAGUCCAGAAUGUUUCCACAAGUUCUUACAGAUCACUUUCUUUUAAUGAGUGGAAUACAUUAAUUUAGUAUGUAUAUGUUCACGAUUGAGCAGUUUGUGAGUGCAGUGUCGUACAUGUGCUGAGGACUAACGGCCGAGAUGCCUUAAAUACUUUUGAUGUUUCCCUUUUUUUGAGGGGGGGGGGGGGUUCUGAUGCAUCACAUUUGAUUUGAUCAAAGGAGCCGUGGUGGUGCCGACCUUGGUUAACUCGCCCAGAGAGAGCUGACCUUAAGCCUCAUGGCAACAAGCAUCCCCCAUCAAGUGUCCUUUAGCGAGACACUAAAACACCAGCAAAUAAAAGCAAAGUUUUGGAAUCAGCUUUUUAAAGAUGCAGCUUAUAGAAACACCGGACACCUUUUGUGUGUUUUCAAUCCAACUGCCUAUGAAUCGUUUAUAAAUGACUUGCAACUAAUUAGGUUUGUUUGUUUGUUUAGAACAGAUAUUUGAUGCUGUUCUUUAAAGAAUAACACCGUUUCAGCUGUAAACCAAUUUAUAUGGGUAUUAAGUUGUAUUGUUGAUGGGUUCAGGUCCAAAUCAUGACAUUUCAGUAUUUGAGUUCUACCUAUUGUGUUAUAAAUAUGCAAAGCGACUGCCCUCUACUGGUCGAAAACCAGCCUAUUGCAAUUUAAUUUAGCUCUGCUAAUCUGGAGGAAUGGGUGUCUAUGGUCUUCGAAACGGGACGAGAUUUAAUGUCGAAAGUUUAAUCCCACCCACUGGAUUUGAUUGGUUUAAACCAAUGCGUGGGGUUAAAGAGUCCACACAAAUUGAAUAGCGACCUAGAAUUCUACGUUAGCUAACAGUGUCCGUUUAUAAUACAGUGGUGGGAUGUAACGAAGUACAGAAUUCAAGUUCUAGUACUUAAUUACAAAUUUAAGGUACUUGUUCUUUACUUUAAUAUUUUUUCAUUUGAUGAUUAUUUGGGUGUUACGGCAGGUGACGUUUGGAGUGUAAAGUGUUACAAAUGAGUAUAAAUCCUAAUGCAGCCUUGACCAGAAAGUCAAAAUCAUUGUUUGGUUACAUCCAACAUGGACAACAAUGUCUUUUUUUGAGAACAAAAUAUCCUCUACAAUGAACGUUAUGUCAGUAUUGUGUCCAAACUCUCAUUCAAAUUUGAUUUCAGGCUGUAUGAAAUUCAUCAGACUUGUCGCUUGUAUAUGAUAUUUUUGGGGAAAUAAAACAAAUCAAUGUGAAUGCA